AUGGCAGAACAGACCCAAAGCAAUUCAACCGUCAGUGAAUGUGAAGAAGUAUUAGACAAUUUUGGUGACAUUGAAAUUGAAACGUCUCAACCAAAUAAUGUAUUAAAAAAAAAACGGGUUAUCAUCUCACGAGAACCUAUGAACCAAGUCAUAGUUCUUGAAAUUAAAAAUUGGUGUAAUUUGGGGUAUUCUAAAGUCAUUUUAUUUGAAACAUCAAAGCAUCUACUCUAUGAAAUAAAACAAGUUCAUUUGGAAUAUGGCUGUUGGUAUAUUAACCCAAUACUUCUUUCUGAUAGUUCUUUUAAAAUAAGUUCUAUAAUGGAUCCUUUUUAUAUAGUUCUUCAUUUCCUUUGUUUACAUAAUGUUAAUGAAACUACAAAAUUUUCAUCUCUUGACGAUAUUUAUACUUUAUUACCUUCUAAUGUCAUUACCGAAUUACUUAAAGAUACCUUAACUCAAUUUGUUAAAGAAGAAAAUAGUCAUUAUAAAAUUGACUUUCCUCUCAUUAAAGAAGUCCUCAUAGAAAAAAAAAAUUUAAUUGACAACUAUCUUAAAGGUAUUGUUAAAAAUGAAUCUCGUCAAACAAAAGGAAUGGACAAAUUUUUAACUAAAAAAGUUGACAAUGACACCCUUUUUUUAUAUCUCGGAGAGUACUGGUAUAAUCUGAUGAACUGGAAAAUUCCAGAAGAACAAAUUGUUUAUUACGCUGAUGAUUACACACAGUAUGAAAAGAAAAAGAAAGUAACUAAAAAGAAAAUUUCUAAAAAAAAGAAAUAA